AUGCUACGACCCAUACGCGCCUUCCGCGCGCCGGUCAAGCUAGCGGUCCUCGUCGCCUCCCUCAUCGCCAUCUACCACUUCCUCCCGCUCAUCCUCCCCGAGUCCGACUCGGACCGCGUCCUCCGCAAAUUCGACCUCGACCGCGAGCGCAACAAGUGGCGGUCGGCGCACGGGCAGGACUCGCCUGAGGGAGAGAAGCGGAAGGCCAGGACGAAGGACAAGGCUGCUGCUGCGGCUUUGGCGCAGCAGUAUUGGGCGCAGAAGGCGCAGGAGGGAGGGGCGAGAGAGUGGGCGCCCAAGGAAGGGGAGCGGCCGCCCAGACGACAGGGGAUGGAACGACUUCGCGGCGCUGCACAACGACCGCCUCCCCCGCCUCCGCCUGCUCAACAACAGCCUCCUCCGCCUCGAGCAGCGCCUGUACAGCAACAGCAGCAGCGAAGACCGGUCGUCCCGCCGAACCCGGUUGGCGCCGCGCAGGAGGGCAACUACGAGGAGGAGCUGAAACUCGCUGAAGCGCGACGAGCGCGGCAGCGGGAGAAGCUGAAAGAGUACGACGAGCGCGUCGCAGUCGCCGAGGCGAAGGAGCGGGAAGAAGCGAAGGGCGUGCGGGUGGCGAAUAUCGACGGCGCACGAGCGGCGCGGCCUUUCGGUCAGAAGGCGGGCCUGCGUGUUCCCGCGGGCGUCAAAAUGGUCGAUGACGACGAGCUCGAUGCGGCGCCGAGGGGUGCAGGAGUCGGGCGAGGAGCGGCUGUUCCGCCGAAGAAGAAGGGACCGGGACCGCUGUUGCAGGCUGGAGGAGCGGGUCGCGCUGCUGCUGCUCCAGCUGACGCAGAUGCGGCCGCUGCACCAAAGGCGGCGGCAGGCGACCAAUGGGGAGGGAAGGGCUGGGAUCAGCGUUUCAGGAAGGCGCAGCAGGCGGCGGUUGAGGCUGAGCAGGCGAAGGAACCGAUCGACGCCGAGAAGGACGACAUCCAGCUUCCGCAGGCUCAACCACCUCCCGCCAAAGCCGCCAGACCUGCCGGAUUGCUGAACCACCAUCUCGUCCGCCGCUUCGCUUCGUUCGACUUUACUCAAGCCGGACGACCGAGUUCGACGGCGCCACUCGUCUUCGACCCGAAUGUGGAGGACUCGUUCCAGGCUGGCAAGAAGCCCGCGCCAAAGGUUGCCACGAAGGACCAGGAGCGGUACAACGUGACAGUCUGCGCCAUGAUUCCGAACGAGAACCGCUUCCUCCACGAGUUCCUCCUCUACCACCGCCUCCUCGGCGUCGAGCAGUUCGCUCUCUACGACACCUCCCAUCCCGGCGCUUUCGGUGCAGCCGAAAUCGACGCUCUCGCGGACCGGAUGACGGAAGAAAGCGGCAGUGGCGAGCUGAGCCCGACUGUCGAGGAGCUCAAGGCGCGCGUUGGCACGACGAACGCCGGACCGGACGGGCUGGACGAGAAGGGCGAGAUUAGGGCCGAGAGGAUCGCUGGGUUGGAGAGGUGGAUCGAUCAAGGGGCGGUCAAGCUACACUGGAUGAAGUUCGGCGACCGGAAGAGCGCUCGCGACUUCUAUGACGCCAUGCUCGAGCACUGCGCGAACCGCUACAGCUCGACAACCGACUGGCUCGCCGUCCUCGACGUCGACGAGUUCCUCUCCGUCACCUCUCCCGUCCUUCCGGAAGCGCCUUACUCCGCCACAGGCGCCGACGGACCGAAGGAGGACGCCGACGCCACUGCAGCCGACAACGCACUCUCCACCUGGCAAUACCCGCUCCACGACCUCCUCUCCUCGCCCGCACUCGCCGACGCAGCUUGCAUCCCGCUUCCCGAGCUUAACUUCCGGAACCAAGGCGUGCGGGAACUGGCGAAGGGCAAGGGAGUGCUCGAGACGCACACGCAGCGAGAUGUGUUGAAGCAGGGAACGGCGGCGCUGCGAGAGAAGCGGCUGUUGCAGAAGACCCUCAUCCAUACUGCCUUCUCCGACGCGCCUGCUGUCGGCUUUGCAGGACCUCACGCCUGCGAGGUCUUUGCGACCGGCGCGGUCACCUUCAACGGCGUGUCGACUGCGAUCAAGGACAGUCAGGGCACGGUCUUGCAGGAAGGCGGAUUGUACGAGACGCGCAAGCUUCCUGUCGAGCCGUUGUCGAUCGCUCACUACCAACAACGCGACCUCGUCGACUGCCUCGCCAAGAUCUCGUCCGUCUCCGACCCGAACGACAUUCACGCGAAAGGCAAGGGCGCAGUCGUAUGCGAAGAGCACUACAUUCCGACGCAAGAAGAGCUCGACUCGCCCGCCCUGUACUCGGACAAGCAGAAUCGCUUCUUGCUUGCGACGCCGCCAGAGGGGAGUGUGGUGCCGGAUCGACGGGUCGCGGAUAGUUGGGCUGCGAGGGCGACGAGGGAGAUUCAGGAGGUGUGGAGAAGGACCGAUGGAGAGUCGGCGGGUCGGACGAAGGGGAGGAAGACGGAGGGAGUCGGGCAUGUUGUCCCGCCGGACGUCGUCGAGCGGGCGCGCAAGAAGGUCGAGGUCAUUUUCUUCCGGUCCAGCACUUGA